CGACUAUACUCGCGUAUUAUAUCAUAUAGACUAUGGAAAAAGAGGUGCAGCAGCUCGUAGACAUGGGGGCAACUCCCGCCCAGGCACGGGCGGCACUCAAGAAAUACAACGAUGUUAUGCAAGCGGCGGAACGCAUCUUCGAUGGCGCGUUUGAUCAUGUCACGGAUGACUCUGAAGACGUGGAGAUGAAGUCAGUGAGCGAGCGCGCGGGUAGCUCGAGUAGAACGCGCACAGCGACACCAGAUGACGAUGGGGAGGGGGAUAACGACGAGUACGCAGAUGGUGCUGAAGAUGACGAUGAUGAGAAUGAAUAUAUGGACUACGAUUCCGACUAUGAACCGGUGAAAGAAGGUCCUGGCCACGGCGCGUCUACCGCAGAUCCCUAUGCAGGUGUCUUCUUCUCCAAGGACAGACGCGAAGAAGUGAUCGAAGUAGAAGAAGAGCCGGAAGUCGUCUUUGUGCCCAGCUCGAACGAGAAAGCCAAGCUCAUGACCCAGGGUCAAUGGAUGAAGGGGUGUCCCGAAGGCGGCGAGCAGGGGUUCUUGUUUAGCCAAUAUCAUGAACUGACCGAAGGCCAAUGUUCUUGUCCUCAUGCCUGUGGAUCGACAAUAUCUCGGCGGAAGCAGGACUUUUUUGCGUUGUUUUCAGAAUUUUCCACAUAUAUCUCGCAUCUUCGAAAGAUCGCCCCACGAAAGUGCGCAACAUGCAAGAAGCCAUUCUGCUUUGCUUGUGGCGAACCUAUGUCAGAAGCAGACCAGACAGGGAAAGAAUGUCUAUUUCACUGCCCCAAUUUACAAGGGGUGAUUCUUGGCGUUGGUCUCGCCAUGGUCGAACAGAAUUUCUUGGAAGAAAAGCAAGAGAAGGCUGACGACAAAACUACCAGGCCGACGACAGGUCGACGACGCAAAGCUGCUGGUACGCCUUCUCCUCACGGCAGUGCAUCGCUGGACGAUGAAGAUUACAUGCAUGGACUAGCCGCCGUCGGCAAGAAGGCCAAGCUCGGUACUGGCUAUGCCGGAGACGUUCGUGAGGACAACUCCGGUCAGCUCGAGGCUCUGGCUGCACAAAAGCUGAAGGACGAAAAGCUUGCACACUUGCUGAAGAGCGUUCGAAUCUAUUUGCCGAACUUGGACCGUCAAGGCGGUGGAAAAUCUUGCGACUAUCUUCCCCACCCAACGACGCUCGCGCAUCUGCGGAGGCGGUUCAACUUCGUCGGCAGCCAACUACUCCGCAACGAUUCUCUGCUGGACAUGUCUGAGCGUUCCGCCCUGUAUUUCGAGCUUAUGGAAUGGCUGGAGACUAUCUCGUGUCAUGAGGCACUCGCUAGUAUGAUGGCAAUGCCCAUCAUGGUGGUGUCAUCCGUCAAAAAUGUCGCAGCCCGAAAAGGGUCCUCGAAGAACAGUCCGCAAAUACGUGAACGCACCAUUGUCUACGAGGGCUCGUCAGGUCCACGUGAGCUUCUCGAAGCCAUCGUCAUCCAAGCGCAGGCGGCGAUGAAGGGUCUGGAAGCGGGUACCAAGGCUGCUGAGGCUGCUAAGUUAGAGAUGACAGAGGAUCAGAAAAGGCUGACUUCCGACGAUAAGGGCAAGGGCAAGGACACGCCAAAAAUUUCUCCCGAAGAGAAUGUGAAGCUGCUUGGGUUCUGCAAGCGCAUACUCGGGACCGCCAAAGCGAUCGACCGCUCGCUACGCGAGACGAAGGGUGAUGCGUUCGUGGACCGGUUGCACGCUGCACUACCGAAGAUUCCAGGCUCAUCCGGGGGCCAAGAAGGCUCGAACUUCAUGGUCGGCGAGAAGGACUCGGAUGAGGAUGUCGAGAAGGCGUACGUGGACUGGGCAAGCCGUGUCAGAUUCGAGUACUGCGACCUCACGAUACCGCCUGCGCAGGAUGCGCCCGAGGACGAGCCGCCGCAUUAUAAGUUCUUCUAUAACGCGGAGGCGAGGAUGCUGGCCAACUCGGAUAUUCCUAGAAGAUCAUUGGCUAUUGCCAAGGAGCUCGCGGUCCUUACCACAAACCUCCCUGUUGCGUGGAAUUCCUCGAUAUUCCUUCGGGUGGAUGAGACCCGUGUCGAUGUCAUCAAAGCGGUGAUCACCGGCCCAGAGGGGACACCAUAUUAUAAUGGCUGCUACUUUUUCGAUAUCUUCCUCGGCCCAAGCUAUAACCAGUCGCCGCCGAGCGUUAAGUAUAUGACGACCAACGGUGGCAAGUACCGCUUUAACCCGAAUUUGUACGCAGAUGGCAAGGUCUGCCUAUCUCUCCUUGGCACUUGGUCGGGGCCUGGUUGGGUCUCAGGGCGAUCUACACUGUUGCAGGUCUUGAUUUCAAUCCAAUCCAUGAUCUUGUGCGAUGAGCCUUACCUCAACGAGCCAGCUUGGGCAAAUUGCGCUGGAACGCCACAAUCGAAAGCAUAUUCGGUCAAUAUCCGGCGAAUGGUAGUGCGCACAGCUAUGCUUAACAACCUCAAAAAUCCUCCAGAACCAUUCGAGGAUGUGAUCCGUACCCAUUUCCGCUUGAAAGCACGGUCCAUAACUAAACAACUCGACGAGUGGCUUAAGCAGGAUGAUGGCCGGCCAUUGAACUCUGACGGUGGUGCUGCCCCGCUGACUGGCACACACAAAGCCACCUCUAGUACGAACGGGUUCAAAGAAGACGUCGAAGAGCUCAAAAGCCUCUUGCGUAAGCUCACUGCAGGAGAGGAGUUUGGCAAGGCUGCCGGCUCGUCGCGGUCAUAGGUUGUUUGCUGAACGGACAAUAUCAUUCAUGGAUUAGCGUUGUCGUCACACGUUCAUUUCUUGAUAGCACUGGCUCAAUGUGUACUAAUAUAUCGAAUAC